AGAAGAAACGGGAGCGAAAGUCCUCAAAGCAGCAAGCUUUAGUGGGCAUCAACUGCCUAAUUUUUCAUUGCUUUUCUCUCAAAUUCUCUUUUCUGUUUUCAUCCUCCAUUAAGCUUUCUUUCCUUCUUUUCUUUUCAUUAAAAUUUGUUUGAUUCUUUAUCUCUUUGGUUCCUUCUGUUCCUGGGUCAUUGAUUCAUUUAUAUCCAACAAGGAAACACCUUUGCGAGUUAUCUUUUCUCUGUUCUUCACUGGUUUUACAUUCUUUGAUUCAUUUGGUAAACCCCCAUCUGGGUUUUAGAGGUAAAGGAGGAAUCUUGGAAGGGCUUAAGCUAUGGCAGCUCCAAAAAUAGAAGAAAUAAGUCACGAACCUAUGGACCAGCUUCAGGGGUUAGAGUACUGCAUUGACUCAAAUCCAUCAUGGGGGGAGGCUAUAGCUUUGGGUUUUCAGCAUUACAUUCUGGCCUUAGGGACGGCUGUCAUGAUCCCUUCAUUUCUUGUUCCUUUGAUGGGAGGCUCUGAUUAUGAUAAAGUCAGGGUGGUACAGACUCUACUGUUUGUUGAAGGGAUAAAUACACUUCUACAGACACUGUUUGGGACCCGAUUGCCUACCGUGAUUGGAGGGUCCUAUGCAUUCAUGGUUCCUAUUAUAUCAAUAAUUCACGAUUCUUCCCUAACGAGGAUCGAGGAUAGUGAAGUGAGAUUUCAUAAUACCAUGAGAGCUGUCCAAGGUGCAUUAAUAGUAGCUUCAAGCAUACAAAUUAUAUUGGGAUACAGUCAGAUGUGGGCCAUUUGUUCCAGGUUCUUCAGUCCUCUUGGUAUGGUUCCAGUUAUUUCACUGGUGGGGUUUGGCCUGUUUGAUAGAGGGUUCCCGGUGCUUGGCCGAUGUGUGGAGAUAGGCAUCCCAAUGCUUAUCCUAUUUGUUGCCUUCUCCCAGUACUUGAAAAAUUUUAAAUUUAGAGAUUUGCCAAUAUUGGAGCGGUUUGCUCUCCUCAUAUCAAUCACAGUGAUAUGGGCAUAUGCGCACCUCUUGACAGCUAGUGGUGCAUACAAACAUCAUCCAGAACUAACUCAGAGAAAUUGCAGAACUGACAAGGCCAACCUCAUUUCUUCUGCUCCAUGGAUAAAGAUCCCAUAUCCUCUUCAAUGGGGCGCUCCUACCUUUGAUGCUGGUCAUGCAUUUGGAAUGAUGGCAGCUGUGUUAGUCUCCUUGAUUGAGUCAACUGCUGCAUACAAGGCUGCUUCACGUCUAGCUAGUGCCACACCACCCCCAGCUCAUGUUCUUAGCCGUGGUAUUGGCUGGCAAGGUAUUGGGAUCCUUCUGAAUGGUCUGUUUGGAACACUGAGUGGUUCCUCAGUCUCUGUUGAAAAUGUGGGGCUUCUUGGAAGCACCCGUAUUGGAAGUCGCAGGGUGAUUCAAAUCUCAGCUGGCUUUAUGAUAUUCUUUUCAAUGUUAGGAAAAUUUGGAGCUUUGUUUGCAUCAAUACCCUUCACAAUAUUUGCUGCUGUAUAUUGUGUUUUGUUUGGUCUUGUUGCUUCUGUGGGGCUCUCAUUUUUGCAAUUCACAAACAUGAACUCCAUGAGAAACCUUUUCAUCACAGGUGUCUCCCUCUUCUUAGGUUUUUCUGUUCCUGAGUAUUUUAGAGAAUACACUGCCAAGGCUCUACAUGAACCUGCUCAUACCAAUGCUGGAUGGUUCAAUGAUUUCCUUAACACCAUCUUCUCCUCAUCCCCAACUGUUGCACUACUUGUCGCUGUAUUCUUGGACAACACACUUGACCUCAAGGACAGUGCCAGAGCCAAGGAUAGAGGAAUGCCAUGGUGGGCAAAGUUCCGGACAUUUAAAGGGGACGGCCGGAAUGAGGAAUUCUACACUCUCCCCUUCAACCUAAACCGCUUCUUCCCACCAUCUUGAAGUGACAACAUUACUGGUGAGGAAAAAUGAGGCUGAAUUUCAUGUGGUGUUAAGCAUAUCAGAGAAAUUUGCAACUUCAUUUUCUCUUCCCCCUAUCUAAUGGGUCAUAUGUAUAUUUGACUCAGAUUCUUCGGAGUUUAAUCCAAUAUUAUAUCAAUUCAUUUAUUCCCCUGGAUUCAUUAUUUCAUCA